GGAAGGGGAAGGGGAAGGGAAAGGGAAAACAAAGAAAAACAAAACAAAAGGCUGCUGCAGAAGCUUUGAAAACCGCUCUUAUGGCGGUCUUCGCUCCGAGCAAUGUACGCCCCUUCUCUACUCUCUAGCAAUCUCCAAUCUUCAUUCACCUAAUCUCCGGAAUUACUUCAAUCCAAGCUCCUCCAAUGGACGACCACGACUUCUCUGACUACAAGCUCUGCGGCUUCUUGUGUGUGGUUCUGGCCGUCCCUUCACUGCCAUCCGAACUGGCGAAUGCUCUACGUCCAGGUACGCGUUGUUAUGUUUCCGAUGAGAGUUCUGAUGUUUAUUUCACUUCAGAAAACGGCGUCGUCCUUUCUCCGAUCGAGGUGAACCCCAAACCGCUAUCGAAGGGCGGUGUUUCGCGUCAAGAUUCCGAGCAAUGUGGGGGGACGGUAGGCGGAGACGGAACUGGUUCGAUGGAGACGGGAGAUUUUACUCCGAAGCAGGAGGUUUCUGGGAGGGGAAGUAGGAGCUCGAGGAAGAAGAGGACGAAUAGGAUGGGGAUGGUUAAUGGCAGUAUGAGCGCUGUGCAUCAAAUUCACGCUCUGGUAGUGCAUAAGUGUUUGAAGAUUGACGCGCAGGUGAUUUUCGUUGAUAUUGGUGUCUAUGAGGAGGCCAGGGUCGUGUUGUUGGUUGAUGUUCAUCUUCCCAUUGAAUUGUGGUCUGGUUGGCAGUUUCCUAGAUCUAAGACGGUUGCUGGUGCGCUAUUUCGGCAUUUAAGCUGUGAAUGGCAAGAGAGAAGCUCUAUACUUGUUGGAGAAGACUAUUUGCGAGAUGCAGACAUGGUUAGGAAGAGCGUGUGGAAUCUCGCAGAAUGUCAUGUCCACAAUUGCAAAUUGCACACUAGUUCUGAAGGUUCUCCAAAUAAAAGGCUUUUUGAACUUCAUGAAAUAUUUAGGAGCUUACCUAGUAUUGUUAAGUCAAGCAAAUCUGACCAUACAAGAAUGAAACCAGAGGAUGAUCAUACUCAAUCAGGUAUUUGGGACAUAUCAGAUGACAUUCUAAUUAAUAUACUGAAAGCUCUUUACCCCUUGGAUCUUAUUCGGGUUGCCUCAACUUGCCGCCAUCUGAAAUCCUUAGCUGCAUCAAUCAUGCCAUGCAUGAAACUAAAAUUGUACCCUCAUCAACAGGCAGCUGUUGAAUGGAUGUUACACCGUGAGAGGGAUGUUGAAGUGUUUUACCAUCCUUUAUAUGUACCUUUUUCAGCAGAAGAUGGUUUAUCUUUCCACAUAAAUACUGUUACCGGUGAAAUAGUGACUGGGGGGGCCCCAGCUAUCUCUGACUUUCGUGGGGGGCUUUUUUGUGAUGAACCUGGCUUAGGAAAGACAAUAACUGCUCUGUCCCUUAUCUUAAAGACUCAGGGGACGAUAGCAGAACCACCAGCUGGAGUAAAAAUUAUUUGGUGCACACAUAAUGGCAAUCGCAAAUGUGGUUACUAUGAGGUUAGCAGUAAAAAUAAUUCUAGCAGCAACCAUUGCCUGGUGAAGGAAGCUAUGGAUUUUAGUUCUCUGAAAGGAUUUGAGAACUUAGCAUUUCAUACACCUAAAAGGGCAAGGCUGACAGCCUUGGUUGAGAGACAUACAGCAACUAAUGAUUUAUGUGCUGGCAAUGAUCUGAGGUCUCCAUCAUCUGCAGACUAUGCAAAAGAUGUUCAUAUGGUUCGAUGCACUAGAAGCUUGAGUACUGUCAAGAGAAAUCUUCUGUUCACAUAUGAAGGAGUGUCUAGCCUUUCCAAAGAACCAAAUACUGGUAAAAAGUCAACCAGGACGUGGACAAGGAAGUUUGCUGCUGGGACAAAGAGAGAUGAUGUGUCUAAUGGAUUCACAAGCAAGUUUGAGGUGCCUGGGAUGACCGCAGCAGAUAAACUUGAAUAUAAGGACACAUGGGUUCAGUGUGAUGCUUGUCACAAGUGGCGGAAGCUUGCAGAAACUUCUGCAUCUGAUGCUAGUGCAGCUUGGUUUUGUAGUAUGAAUACUGAUCCUUUUUACCAAAGUUGCAGUGUUCCAGAAGAGUCUUAUGACCAAUGCCGUCCAAUUACUAAUAUUCCAGGAUUCUACAGAAAAGAAACUUCUGGAGGAGAGGAGAAGAAUAUUUCGUUCUUCACUAGUGUGCUCAAGGAAAACAGUGCACUGAUAAAUUCUGGAACAAAGAGAGCCUUGAAUUGGCUUUCUAGUCUUACCGCUGAAAAAGUUUCAGAAAUGGAAAGAACUGGUUUAAGAAGUCCUAUAUUAACAUCUUCUGUAGUUCCUGGUGGUGAUGCCCGAGGUUUUCAUCAAAUAUUUGAAGCAUUUGGUUUAGUAAGGAAAAUGGAAAAAGGCACUAUCAGAUGGUACUAUCCGCAUAAUCUUCACAACUUGGCAUUUGAUGUUGCUGCUUUGAGAUCUGCAUUGAGUGCUCCACUAGAUUCAGUUAGGUUAUAUUUAUCAAGAGCAACCCUGAUCGUUGUUCCAUCAAAUCUAGUUGAUCACUGGAAGACUCAAAUCCAAAAACAUGUCAGACCUGGUCAGUUAAUGGUUUAUGUAUGGACUGAUCAUAAAAAACCAUCUGCACAUUGUUUAGCAUGGGAUUAUGAUGUUGUUAUUACCACAUUUAGUCGGUUAAGUGCGGAAUGGGGACCACGGAAAAGAAGUAUAUUAAUGCAAGUGCAUUGGCAUAGGGUCAUUUUAGAUGAAGGGCACACCCUUGGCUCUAGUCUUAACUUGACAAACAAGUUGCAAAUGGCUAUUUCAUUGGUAUCUUCUAAUCGCUGGAUACUAACAGGAACUCCAACUCCUAACACACCUAAUAGUCAGCUUUCACAUCUUCAACCAUUACUUAGGUUUCUUCAUGAAGAAGCCUAUGGUCAGAAUCAUAAGUCAUGGGAGGCUGGUAUUCUCAGACCCUUUGAGGCAGAGAUGGAGGAAGGAAGGUUACUUUUGUUGAACUUACUUCGUAGGUGUAUGAUCAGUGCAAGAAAGGCAGAUUUGCUAUCAAUCCCACCUUGCAUCAAGAAAGUAACAUACCUAAAUUUUACAGAAGAGCAUGCUCGGACUUACAAUGAGCUUGUAGUUACGGUGCGGCGUAAUAUAUUAAUGGCAGACUGGAAUGAUCCUUCCCAUGUUGAAAGUUUACUGAAUCCAAAACAAUGGAAAUUUCGAAGUACAACAAUCAAGAACAUCAGACUAUCUUGCUGUGUGGCAGGACAUAUUAAAGUUACAGAAGCUGGUGAAGAUAUUCAAGAAACCAUGGAUAUUCUUGUUGAUGAUGGUUUGGAUCCUAUGUCACAAGAGUAUUCGUUUAUAAAAUAUAAUCUCCUUUAUGGUGGGAACUGUGCUAGGUGUGGGGAAUGGUGUCGGUUACCUGUGAUUGCACCAUGUAGGCAUCUUUUGUGCCUUGAUUGUGUUGCUUUGGAUAGUGAGGGGUGCACUUUCCCUGGAUGUGGUAAGUUAUAUGUGAUGCAGACUCUUGAAACCUUAGCUCGGCCUGAAAAUCCCAACCCAAAGUGGCCUGUCCCCAUAGACCUGAUUGAGUUGCAACCAUCAUAUAAGCAAGAUGACUGGGAUCCUGAUUGGCAAUCAACGUCCAGUAGUAAAGUUGCAUAUCUCAUUCAGAGAUUGACAGCUUUAGGCGAAGCAAAUGAUAAGAUUGCUUUGAUCCCUCCCUCUUCAUUUCCCAAACAUGAUACAUUACUCCAGGAAAUUGACCACUCAAGAAAUUUCGCUUCAGAUCAUGAAGUAGUCAGGGAGAAAGUUCUUAUUUUCUCUCAAUUUCUUGAGCAUAUACACGUCAUUGAACAACAGUUAGCCAUUGCCGGCAUCAAAUUUGCUGGGAUGUAUAGUCCAAUGCAUGCUAGUAAUAAGAUGAAGUCAUUGACCAUGUUUCAGCAUGAUUCAAGCUGCAUGGCGCUUUUGAUGGAUGGAAGUGCUGCAUUGGGUCUUGAUUUGAGCUUUGUAACUCACGUCUUUCUAAUGGAGCCAAUCUGGGACAGAAGCAUGGAGGAACAAGUUAUUAGUCGUGCUCAUCGGAUGGGUGCUGUUCGUCCUAUUCAUGUUGAAACCUUGGUAAUGCGUGAAACAAUUGAGCAGCAAAUGGUACAGUUUCGGCAGGAUACUGAUGAGUUCCAAAGGUUAAUGAAGGAAGACUUUGACAAGCUUGAUUAUGAAGGGCCACGAGCUCAUCGUUCAUUGCAUGAUUUUGCUGGGAGCAAUUAUCUUUCUCAGCUCAAGUUUGUGAGGACAAAUCCUAAGAUAAAAAAGGAUGUAGAGAACAUUUAGUUGUUAGUGUACAGAUGAUAUUAAGAUUAGUUUUUCAACUUGAAGGGAAAACCGAAGCAAAUGGUCUGCAGUGGCUCAAGUGCUAUUCAUAAAGUCAAGAAAUAGAAGUAGGUGCACGUUCAUUUUGUUGUCCGUUCAAGUUAUUGCUGAAGACCGAAGAAUUCAAUCAGCAUAGUGUUACUGGUGAUUACUUACGUUCAGAAACACUUUGAUAUGCAAAAUGUGUAUAAUUCAGUGCAGUAGCUUCUGAUGGACAGAGAUAACAACAGAGCUGCAGGUUAUAGCAAUUCCCUCGCUUGAUGCCCUUCCUGGAGCUAGAAGCAGAGGGCGGGCCAGGUUCGAAUUAAGAUUAGACUUUUAUUUGUUUGAGCUGCUCCCACACAUUUUUUUGAGGGAAACAAUCCCAAUUGUACACUUGUUACCAUUUGUUCUGCUCUUCUAAGUUGGCUAAGCCAUUGAAGUAUAUUGAUUGAGGUUGUAAUACUGCUGGUGUGCGAAUGAAAGAUGUCAUGUAUUUUGUAGAAUAUCUCUACACAAUUUACCAUUUUAAAAAACCUUCAUUUCAAAUGGAUAGGCACAAGUUUUGUUUUGAUUUAA